AUGCUAUCCUCCACAACAAGAGUGCAAUUUGCCAAGCAGGCUUUGAGACAUUACACCGUUACUGCCAGUGAUGGCACUGGCAAGAUUUCCAACCUGGCGGUCAAAGUACACGCGGGUUCUCGUUAUGCCACCAAAGAUGGUAUCUCUCAUCUGCUAUCUAGAUUCAAUUUCCACAAUACUAGUGGUAAAUCAGCAUUAAGGCUAGUCAGAGAAUCCGAGCUUCUCGGUGGUAAAUUUGAAUCAAAGGUCGACAGGGAAUUCAUUACGUUGUCUGCCACAUUUUUGAAGGAAGAUUUGCCCUAUUUCGUGAAUGCAUUGGGUAACGUCCUGUACAAGACUUCAUUCAGACCCCAUGAAUUGCAUGAGUCUGUGUUGCCUGCAGCGCAUCACGACUUGUUGGUUCAUCAAACUUGCCCUGUUUCAAGCGCAAGGGAUCUGCUAUACAAUGCGACAUUCAGAUCUGGCUUAGGUAACCCUGUUCUUUACGACAGCGUUGAGAAAAUCAGUAUUGAGGAUAUCAAAUCUUUUGCUGACAAAGUCUACACAAAGGAAAAUAUCGAAAUUAUUGGUAAGGGCGUAAAUGAAUCGGAUUUGAAAAGAUUUGUAAACGAUUCUCUAUUGAACUCUUUACCAUCUGGAACCCCACUUUCGACCAGUGCUGCACCAAAGACCUUUACAGGCCAACAAUCUAGAAUAAGAUUUGAGGGUCAAUCGGUCGCCGCUAUUUCCGUUCCAGUUGCAAAGGAGUCAUUCGCCGAAUAUCAAGUAUUAUCCAAUUACGUAACUUCUCCCGUCUUUGAGUUAUCUUCAUUGAUUAAAUCUUCUAAAUUUGAAAAGUUUGGUGAUGUUGGUAUCUUCUCGUUAUUUGUGAAGGGUUCAGAUGCAAAAAAGGUCUCAGAGGAUUUCAAAAAGGUGAUCUCGGAAUUGAAAAAAGGCAAAGAUAUCUCCGUUGCAAAAGAUUUGACAGCAUUAAAUUUUGCCAUCGCAAACGAAACUUCUUCUCCACUACCAGAGUUGAAGUUGGAUAGCGUUAAGAACUUCAAAUUGGGUAAAUUCAACUAUGUUGCUGUUGGUGAUGUUUCCAAUUUGCCAUAUGCUGAAGAGUUAUAA